AUGGGCAUCCCUGUCUCUCCUAGGUCCGACUCUUCCGCUCAGGAGAGCUUCACUUCACUUCCUCAGUACGGCUUUGGAACGGAGCUGGCCUUCGACAAGCUCGUACAGAACAACCCGUUCCUGUUCCGCGUAUACACUCCGAAGGCACAGUCACCAUUCUACGAUCCCACUGAGCCCUUUUUUGUCGGGCAGAAAUUCGCCCAUGAUGAACAAGACGAUUACUUCUCUAUUCCCGUACGUGCGAAGGGCGACUCUCCCGAGUCGAUCGCUUCCACCUCCACAUCUGCGGGCAGCUCCUACGCAGACGCAGCCAGGCACCUCGAUUGGACGACGAGGAAUACAUCACCGUACAUAUCGACGUCGUUCAGCUUUGCAUGGGCGGUUUGGGAGGCCGCCAGACGAUACCAGAACAAUGUGAAGCACGACGUGCAUAUCGCAGUGAUCGACGCCCGAGCCCUGGUCGGUCGAGCUGUGACUGCGUUAUCGCUGCUUCGCGAGGGUGCUCCGUCCGAGCGCCAUAAGGAUCAUUGGAAGUGGUACAGAUUCGCAUCGGAGGCACAGGACGUGCUUGUCUUCGGGACAAUACCCGGCGAUGCUGUCUUGGCAUCCAUGCCUUUACUCAAGAUCCUAGACAAACUUCCGAGCUACUUCCUGCGCCCGGACGGCAAGGUCGACUCCGCAGAAAAAGACAGCUCUCUAUUCUCGCGGCUCGCCUGGGACCACUACACGAAGCCGAGCUUCAAGCAAUUCUCCCAGGAUAUGUCCGACCAGUUUUCGCGUCUUCCUGCGGAACUCCGCGUUCGCGAGACCACGGCAGGAUCCGUGCGCCUCGCCGCCGCUUUGCUCCAGGACUGGUACCAUCAGUCGGUCAUAACGGACACCGAGAAGGUGAUGUCCACGAUUAUAGAGCUGGCGCUCGUAAUCGCGCAGUGGCCCGCGCAGUGGUGGGUUCGCGAGCGUGCGGCAGACAUUCGGGAGCUGGUCCGAGGUACCGCCAAGCUGGUCGUCGAAGAGGUCAAAGAAACAAGACGAGUGGCAGCGCUGAAGGAGGUUGAGCGUCUGCAGGAUGUCGUGGCUGACGUGGAACGCAUGGCUACCGCCUACUACAAGGAGGAGGCCCCAGCCCAGAAACCACCAAGAUCCAUCCCCCCUUCGUCCGAACCCAUCACUACACGUCCUCACCCUGCACAGGGGCCGACUCGGGCGCCCCCGCAGUCGAAGUCGCGCGGCAUCGCGUCCACGAUCCUCGCGGGUGUUUGGUUCGGCACGGUGCUGUCGCUCUCCGUAUUCUCGUCGCCGAGAUGGGAGCUCGCCAACCACCUCACCUAGAUGUAGCGUUGCGCCUUCUGUGACCGCUACAUCACAACCCCAUUCCGGUUGCCCAGAAGAUUGCCAGCGUCGGCCCCGCCUGUCGUAUGGCCUGCCUGUUUGAAUCAUCGGACCAUAUGGACGGCCGACAGUGUCUGUCAGGCAGGACGUACAAGACGAUGGGGGCUUCACUUCCUGCUCGUGACCACGUAGCAUCGCAUCUGUGCUGGCAUCGAUCGCACGGGAGCUCGAACAAAUGGCAUCUCGGGUGGACGGAAUCUCGAGACUCAAGCAGGGUCAUAAUGGCCCUUGUAGUUUUACGUAUUUUCUAUCCUUUUUAUAUCGAUUUAUACCGACAUUUCCUGUUGUCGUUUGUGUCUAGAACUGUUGUACUUAUAUGCUGUAUGCACCAUGUACUGUAUCGCUAUGCUUUUCGCCUAUGCGUUCC